CUUCACUCCCUCCAUCUCCAUCUGAGGGCCUUUGCUUUUCACUGCCCUAAGAACGCAGCCAGAAAACCCCUCCUGGAAUGGACCAAUCAGCGGCCGGCAUGGCCUCGAGUCCGGAAUGAUUUCAUCCGCUGUAUAAACCACGCCGGUGGUUCGGUGCUAUGCCAUCCAGACUGACAGCAUGCCUGGCCAGAGAACAUUCUAUUAAUAUCAUCCGAGGAACCGUGCCUGGUGCUACCAAUUAUCCUUGGAUUUGAUUUACUAUCAGUUUCCGCCUGUCACCUAUUCGUGCCUGCUUUCCAACACCCAUCCCAACCUGUCCGACAGCUACCAUCAACACGGCUGCUAUCACGAUGGCCACUCGUCGUAUCGCAGAGAAGUCCUCCCCCAAGGAUGUUGCUACCACUUCGGGCUCUGAAAAGCCCUCUGACUCAGAUGUGACCCCUGCAGUUCCCACAAAUGUUAUUAUGAAGUUGCUGGGGUUCUCUGUAGCCAUGGUGGUUGUGCCUAUUGGGAUGUACUUUGUCACGGUCGACUUUGGAGCAAGCGCCACUGUGGGCGGCAUCGUUGCUGCCAUCAUGGCGAACGUAGUCCUAUUCGCGUACAUCUAUGUUGCGUGGAAGGACGAUCAGGCGGAGAGGGAAGCCGACACGAAGCAAAAAGCGAAGAAGGCGCAGUAGUACAAAGACAUCAACUAUUCCUCAGUCUUGUCGAUUCCACUUGCUUUCGGUAUCUGUGUUUCAAUAAUGGUGUUCUGCUACGUUCUUGUCAUAUAUCCGUUGGGGAGCUAGGCCGGAAUCUGGGUUUAGGAAUUCUGUGUAAGCUCGGAUCUGCUGCAGACCUUGAGUCCAUUCCGUCAAAAACAUAAUUCAAGGUAGCUAGACACAGUGUCAGGUGCCAACAAGUCGCCACCUGCGUUGAAAGAUGGAUCCAAUGCGUAGUCCAGGAAUGAU